AUGUCCGAGGCGAAGCCCGCGGAACGCGACAGCAGGAGAGGCCGUGCGGCCGGGGGAUCCAGUUCGACGGGCCCAAAAGGCUCCACCGGAAGCGUGCGCCUGGACGGAAAACCCAAAGUAGAUUCCUUCCACAACAGAGAUGGACUCACAUUGAAGACCUACUCCUGGCAAGUAAAGAACCCAAAAGGAGUCAUAUUCCUGGUCCAUGGACUCAACACACAUGUACGGUUAGAGUACCUACGACACAAUGUAGAAAUUGUGAGCACACAAAAAGCUAUUCUAAAGGAUGCAGAUAAUUAUUAUAUUUACAAAGACAGCUGGAUUGAGCAUUUGAACAAGAGUGGUUACUCAGUGUAUGGAAUGGACCAUCAGGGACAUGGACAAUCGGAUGGAUGGAGAAAUAUAAAAACGAAUGUGAAGAAGUUUGAUGAUAUGGUUUAUGACCUGAUACAGUACAUGAAUAGGGUACAUGACGUGAUCUGUCUGAGCGGUCGGAAGGAUGGAACGAGUGGCCAAACGAGUAGGAGCGGUUCAUCGGGUUCUCCCACAUCGGCGACUUCUCCUUCGUCCCACAUGUCUUCCGGUUCACCUUCUUCCCUGACCCAAAGGAACAACGCCUCCUCUUGGUCCAUUCACAAUAAUCUCAGAAAUACGAAAACGCCGCCCUUCUACAUUAUGGGGUUGUCCAUGGGAGGAAACAUUGUACUAAGGACAUUAGAAAUAUUGGGGAAGUCCAAAAACCAUAAUGCAAAAUUAAAUGUAAGAGGUUGUAUAUGUCUAGCAGGAAUGAUCUCCAUUGACGAAUUGGCCUCGAGAGCAUCUUACAAAUAUUUUUUUAUUCCUUGUAGCAAAUUUUUUGCUACCCUUUUUCCAACCCUGCGACUGACGCCAUCCUUGUACUUUAAAAAGUACCCAUACGUUAAUCAGAUUUUUAACUACGACAAAAUUCGAAAUAAAAAACCCAUCACGUGCAAGUUGGGUUAUGAGCUUUUGAACGCAAUUGAAAAUUUAAAUAAUGACAUUGAUCAUAUUCCCGAGGACAUCCCCAUUCUUUUCGUCCACUCCAGACAUGACAGUGCUUGUUUCUUUGGGGGUGCCGAAACAUUUUUUAAAAAAAUUAAUACCAACCUUAAGGAGCUACACGUACCGGAUGAUAUGGACCACGUCCUCACCAUGGAACCGGGCAACGAACAGGUUCUGCAGAAGGUGCUAGCGUGGCUGUCUGCCCUCUGUCCCCCGGAUCCGACCCCCGCCUAA